CGGACUAAACGACACCAGCCAGCGUGUGCUUUUUUCCUCUUUUGUCACACUUCUCCGUUUUAAAAAGUUUAAAAAUGUUUUUCAGCACUGACACGGCGUUUAAAAUAAGCGGAAACCAAACAGCAUGUUUACGGUUUAUAACACGUGUAAUUCCGACACUUGUUUUGUUCUUUAGUCGUUAGACGAGACAGCUCGUGCUGUGCGCUUAUUUAUCGCACCGUUAUGAGUGACGUGUAACUACAACCAUUAGACACAAAACGAUAGAAAUAAACAAUGAUUUGGGCGAAUUGUUACGUUUUAUGAGAUUAUUUGUUUAGUGUUGCAUCGGCCUUGAAAGACAUCACCCCGACGACUGAAAUCAUGUUAUUUAAAGUCGUUGGUUAUUCAUGAUGAAGAGAAACAAAAAGACUAUUGAAAUGCGAAAUGGUACACGGGAUUUUAACGCGUAGAUGACGCCGUCCUACACAACACUGGUGGUGUCGGUGAAUUAUAUGUGAAGAUAUUACAAUCUGCCUCGGUGUGACACUGAAAGGCACAAAGAUGAUGUACUCUUCACGCAGAAAACCAGUGCUGUAUUUUAAAGAGGAUCGAAGUUUUCUAUCGAGGAAAUGCACGAUCUGGAAACUCUUUGGGCUCUGCAUACUGUUUGUUUUGGUGUCUCUUCUAUGGGUGCAGCUGACUUGUUCGGGAGACAUGAAUCAGGUUUCUGGGUACAGCCACGUACCUCACCAGCCCUGUCCUGUAGAGAGACAAGCCUCGUCUGUUGAUGACCCCUCCUGGGGCCCGCACAAAAUGGCCCUCAUCGUUCCAUUCCGAGAACGCUUCGAAGAGAUACUUAUAUUUGUCCCAUACAUGCACGCUUUCCUCAAUAAAAAGAAAAUACGGCACAGGAUAUUUAUUAUAAACCAAGUGGAUCACUUUCGAUUUAAUCGAGCUUCACUUAUUAAUGUUGGCCACAUGGAGAGUGGCAAUGACACGGACUACAUUGCAAUGCAUGAUGUGGAUUUGUUGCCUCAAAAUGAGGAUCUAGAUUAUGGAUUUCCAGAGGAGGGACCUUUUCAUGUGGCCUCACCUGAGCUUCAUCCUUUAUAUCAUUAUAAGACUUAUGUGGGUGGGAUCUUGCUGCUCACCAAGAAACAUUAUCAGAUGUGCAAUGGAAUGUCAAAUCGCUUCUGGGGAUGGGGAAGAGAAGACGACGAAUUCUUCAGAAGACUAAAAACAGCUGACCUUCAGCUUUUUAGGCCAAAGGGUAUUACUACAGGAACUAAAACAUUCCAGCACAUCCAUGAUCCGGCCUGGAGGAAGAGAGAUCAGAAAAGAAUCGCUGCACAAAAGCAGGAGCAGUUCAAGAUAGACCCAGAAGGGGGCCUAUCUAACCUCCGCUACAAGGUGGAGUCCAGACAGGAACUGACUAUCAGUGGAGCUCCCUGUACUGUCAUCAGCACCUCUCUCCAGUGUGAUCUCAACCAGACUCCAUGGUGCCAGUUCAGCUGAUAUGAUUAAGCAGAACCUGUACAGCUACAGCUACAAUGGUGCCAAGUAUCUGUCUAUGGUGACAGCAAACCAUUUACUGACAGUGCCAGUCCCACUUGACAAAUCUUCUUGAUCAUCUAACCAAAAGGACUUGAAUUGUUGACUCUUUGGGGAAAUGAGCUUUUAUUUUUAUAGAACAGUGUUAUUUACUUCAUCCGUAAUGAUGUGCUGGCAGCACAACUCAUCUCAUUUUUGAACUGAACUUUUGACCCAUGUCAGGUUCUGCACUUAAUUUGCAUCUGCAACAUUGCAAAUAUGAGCAUCCAAAUGUCAUAUUUUCAAUGUUGAGUUUUAUAAUAUUUUAGUUGUAAUGUUUGGCCUGUUUUGAACUUUUUCCUCAUAGUGCAAUUGUAAGUGUUUGCUCAGUCUUAACAGCAGAAAUCUUUUUUUUUGCUUGAAUUAAGAAUCUUCAGCAUUAUUCCUAGGAUAUGUGUCUUCAAAAAUACAAUAUUAUAUGACAAAUGGGUUUAAGGGUACUUUGUAUUUGCACAUUGUUCAGUAUUUAUAUAUAAAAAGAAUUUACUCAGUUUUUACUUGUUGUAAUUCAGAAUGCAUGGAAUGCGGUUACAUCUUACAUUGACAGGACUGUAAGGACCUUUUUAACUGGAAGCAUGAAGCUGUGUCCAAAAACUAAAUCUUUUAGUGAAACGGUAAUAAAAUUCUGACACCAAUGCCUGAACAAACUGUACAUCAUUACUCUGUCCGAACUAUAAUCUGGAGAUGUAAACUAUGUAAGGAAUAAUUGACGACGGGCCAUUGAACGGACCGGAGUCAAUAUUACGCUUAUACCAAGGUUACCACACCACAGGGCAUUGUUAAAAUGUUUAAUUUCAAUAUUUGUCAUGUUGUCGUCUUUAAAAUGCCGUUGAUGGUAGGACUACUUUCUCAUUUACGUUACAGCGAACGGAAGCUUGAGCCGUGUGUGUGCGUGCGUGUGUGAGAGUAUGAGAGUGCGUGUGUGUGUGUUCGUGUUUUUAUAUCCCGGUGGGGACCUAAACCUGAAUGCACACCAACACAUGGGGACUCGUGUCACCGUGGGGACCAAAAUAAUUGAGGUCCUCAUGGGCAAAAAAGCUUAUAAAUUGUACAGAACAAUAUUUUUUAAAAAUCUAAAAAUGCAAAAAGUUUUCUAUGCUCUUUAGGUUUAGGGGUAGGGUUAGGGAUAGAAUAUACAGUUUGACCGGUUUGAGUUGUAGACCAGCGGUGUGAGGACAAGAAGAGUAAAGUGAGGACAUUUUGGCCGGUCCUCACUUCCAGAGACCCCUUUAAGGCUGUUUGAGGGUGAAGACUUGGUUUUAGGGUUUAGGUUAUAAUUAGGGUUUAGGUUAUAAUUAGGUUUAGGGUAAGGGUUAGGGUCAGGCAUGUAGUUCUGAUGGUUCGGGUUAGGGUAACGGGCUAGAGAUUGCAUUGCGUCAAUGUAUGUCCCCAUAAAGAUAGCUGCGCAAACGUGUGUGUGUGUGCGCGCGUGUGAGUGAGUGAGAGGGUGUGAGAGAAAGAGAGAGAGAAAGCGAAAGCCAGUGAUAAUAAAUUACUUUUUCAAAUAGGGUCAGAAAUGUUUGGAUUGUUUUUUCCUUUAAUAAAUAAAACCAUCAUUUAAAAACUGCAUUUUGUAUUUAC